AUGAUCGUCAUCUCGUCGUCGAGCAGCACCAGCAGCAGCGGUGGUGGUAGCAGAAACAGAAGCUUUCGGUCAGCAUCCGGAGCAGCACCAGAAAUAGCAAAAACAAGGAUAUCCGAUUCGGAACCAAACGGGAGUCCCUUCCGCUGUGGAGCAACGACUACUGAAACGACGGCGACGACGAGGACGACGACGACGACGACGGAAGCGAAGAAAAGGCCGAAAAUGAGGAAAAAUAUGAGAUCGAUGACGUGUUUCGUGAUAUUUCUGCUAGUUUUCAUCAUGAGUUAUGGAUUAUGCAGCGGGCGACCGGAGCCGUACAUCUCGACCAUGGAUAUCGACGCACCGACGGUGGCACCGAAAUUUAUGACCCGGGGCCACCUCUACAAGGCCAUCAUCGGCGACUCCAUCGAGCUGCCGUGCAAAGUGAAAGACCUCGGAUCCUACGUGCUUCUGUGGCGUAGAGGUACGUCAGUGCUAACGGCGGCCAGCCUCAUGGUGACCCGUGAUCCGCGCUUCAAGCUAGUCGAGGGCUACAACCUACAAAUAGCGAACGUGAAAAUCCAGGACGCCGGUGAUUACAUUUGCCAGAUCGGCGAUAACGAGAGCCGGGACCAGGUGCACACGUUGGAAAUUUUGGUGCCGCCAACGAUACGAGUAGUGCCCCAGAAUCGACAAAUCACAGCCCGGAAGGGAAGCACGGUGACGCUCGAGUGCAAAGCCUCGGGAAAUCCUGUGCCGGCGAUCUAUUGGCACAAAAAGGAUUCAUUCGCCGGUGCAUCGCAUCUGUCGGAAAGUCCGACGCUGCUGCUGGAACGUGUUGAUCGGCACCACGCCGGAAUUUACCAGUGCACAGCGGACAACGGCGUUCGGGAAGCAGUGCAUGCCGAUAUUGAUGUAACGGUGCUGUCCCCUCCGGACAUAACCGUGGAGAAGACGUGGGUGCAUGCCAGUGAAGGAUUCGAUAUCGAUCUUGUGUGCACGGUGCACGGAGAUGUCAACUCGGAGAUGCUGUGGUACCAGAACUCGUUCCUUUUGGAUCCCACCGACCGGCGUGCCAUGUACUCCAAGGGCGACAAAUACACGCUGAACAUUCGCAACUUUCAGCAGUCCGACUUUGGCAACUACAGCUGCGUGGCAGACAACGCCCUCGGUCGGACGAAAAAGUACAUCGAAGUGUCGGGGCGGCCCGGUCCGGCGAACUUCCUCUCGCCCGCCUACAGCUCCCACCUCGAUCGGUACAAUCUGACGUACACGAUCGAAUCGAUACCACCGUUGGACGAGAUAAAACUCCUGUACCGGAAGCUAAUGAUGAACGAAACAUAUCAACAUCCGGGCAGCUGGGAGGACACGAUUUUAGUGCCAACAUUAACCCGCUCCGAUCCGACGCACUUUAUUAUGUCACAUGUGAUAAAAGGAUUAUCGCCCGGCGCGGUCUACGAGGUGAUGAUCCAGGCGCGGAAUACCCACGGCUGGAAUGAGAUCAGCGACAUCCAUCAGUUCUACACGCGCAACUACGACCUACGGAUGGACGAGAUGGAAUUCGUGAUGAGUUCGAUCUCGAACAGCGGCGCCGUCCGUGUGCUGGCUGCGGACGGCUCUACGGCGGUCAUAAUUAAUUUACUCGCUAUUAUCGUUGCGGGAGUCGGUGCCCUUGUCCGUGGUGGUGCCGCCUCCGCCGCCGCCGGUGGAGCGCUGGUGGCUCAUUAA